AUGCAAAGAGCGGCUGUUUCGUGGCAAAAAACUUUACAAAGCCCGCGGCCGUGCUGCCGGCGAGGGCCGGGCGAGUUUCCCGGACUGCAGCAGCAGCAGCAGCAGCAGCAGCAGCAGCACGCGCUGCAGCGCCGCCGCCGGCGGCGGCAGUUGCUGCGGGGAGAAAGGGCCUCUUUGCUGCACUCGUGCAUGCGGGAACUACAGCGUGCGCGGCUAAGUGCGGAGACUGCUGCGUGCUGCUGCGCUGCGGGGAGGCUGCGCAGCAGCUUCGCUGCUGCGGCGCGGCGCGGCGCGCCCCAGCAGCAGCAGCAGCAGCAGCAGCAGCAGCAGCAGCAGCAGCGGGAAAGAAGUCAAGAAGCUUCUGCUGCGUCCGACUCUUCGCCGCGGCCCUCCUUCGCCGGCCGCCCCGGAGAGUCCGACAGCCCCGAGCCGUCCGAAAUGGCCGCGUCUUCGUCGCUGGACUGCUGCGGGUGGACAUGA